AUGAGCCUUUCUGACGAAGAGGGGCACCAAGAGAGCUGGGGCUGGACAGACCUCUCCAGCUACUCACCAUCACUGUUGGACUCAGAGAGGGAGCAGCAGAUCAUCCCUACGGUUCGACCUCCCAUCAUGUCCAGACGCAGCCUGCGUCUCCAUACCUCUGGGAGUUCCUACAGGGAAGAUAGCCUCCAGGACUACAGCCUGCCCUACAGCAGCACCUCCUUCAGUACAGGAGCAUCAACCAGAAGGGAUGCAAGGUCGCUCAAGUCACAACAAUCCCAGCAGCACUCGCUCUCCUGUUCCCAGUCCCUUCUCUAUCAAACCCCCCAGAAACGGGCGAGCCAGUUGAUGCAAAAUAGCAGCCUGCACAGUGUGGCCUCCGACGCCUCACUGCUAUCCUCCAUGCUGGAUGAGUCCUCCAUUCAGGAUAGGACCCUGGUGGUUUCUGGUGGUUUAUGGGGUUUGGAUGAGGAUUCAGAUGCCUUAGAAAGCACCAUCAUUCCAGAGCGAGGUAAUCGUCAAGGCAACAGCACGCUGCUCGCCGAUCGGGACAACCACUGCCCUAAGCAUCCAGCCCAGACCCAAACCUCUAUGAUCAAAGGCUGUUACUACUGUGAAGAAUGUGUCCUCCACUCUGACGGCAAGGACGCUCUCACCACCCACUACCCCUCCUCCAAAAAUGUCGCCCCUUCAGUUAGAGCCAAUGGGCCUGUCCACACCCAGGCCCCUGACCAGGGACUUGUAGCCAGUGAGGCUAGUUCUCCACCUUCCACAAUCUACGGGAGGAAUAAGGGCCACAAGGGCAAGACAGGUCAUCAAUCCACCUAUCGUGGAACCAUGAAGGUAAAGGCGUCCGAGACUAAUGAGAAGCACCUUGAUCUCAACAGAUCUCUGUCGUUGCGUUCUUUAAUUACCUCAUGUCCUUGUUCCUCUUUAUCAGGCCUUGUAUCGUGGUGGGGCCCAGCCGAUUUGUUGCCUGACCUGCUGGCAGUCAAUGUCACAGAAUGGAGCACGGCCUUGCCAGUUACUAGUCUCCCUGGCCUGUCCUCCAUCUACAUCUUCACUUCCAGCGGGAGGCGUGCUGAAGAGAAGUCUGGAGACAUGAAGGCCCACAUAGCGCCACCUCCUGUUCCUCUGUCAGAAGAAGUGACACCGGAAGGCGACGCGAUGUCCGGCGGCUCGGCACGCCUCUUGCAGCUUGAACAGCGCCUAUCACUGUUGUGGAAAAAGAUGGAGGGGGACGGACACAAGGCAGAGCAGCGGCACAAAGAAGUGGUUCAACUUUACCAGGGCCUCCAACAGCAGUUGCACUCACAGACCUCCAGGGAAAGCAUGGAGCACUGGGUGGUUGGCUUGCUGGAGGAAAGACUGGGUGAACUCCAACUGCAUCUGCAGGAGGAGAGGUUGGAGAGGGAAGAGACUCAGAAGCAGUAUGUGGUACAACAGCAGAGCCAGGAAUCUCAUCUGGCUGAACUAGAACCUCUGCUUCAAUCCAUGGCAGCUAAGAUAGAGAAGAUACAGCAGAGACAAGAGGCUCUUAAAGCAGUUGGGCCUGUACCCCAAAUACCACCUACCCCAGUCAGCAUGGCAGUAGACAAUGAGUCCCAUGAUGCCUUGGUCGCAGAGGUUUCACGACUAGAGGCAGCUCUAGGGACUAUCAGAGAUGAGCUUCAGGGGUUAAUGGGAUGCCAGGACAGCUGGGAACGACUGGACCAAAUAGAGGAGAAGAUGUCGGCCCAGGUUCGUGAGGAGCUUCGUGCCCUGUUAUACGGCAACCAGCUGACGACGUUUCCUGAGGCUUUGGCAGAUGCUGCGGCUCUCCCAGUCUCCUUCCUGGAGUGGCUGUCGGAGCGCUACGUCAACAGGGCCGACCUCCAGGUCUCGCUGACCUCUCUGGAGCUCAGCAUACUGCAGAACAUCAGCCUGCAGCUGGAGCAGCAGAGCACAAAGGAGACCCACUAUAGUGCCACGGUCAAAGAAACUGCACUGCACACCAUGGGAGCUGCUGGGGGUGCUGUGACUGAGGAACAAGUGCAGCUGAUAGUGAGGAAUGCUUUGAGACUCUACUCCCAGGAUCGGACCGGUCUGCCAGACUACGCCUUGGAGUCUGGAGGGGGCAGUAUCCUGAGCACACGCUGUUCAGAGACUUACGAGACAAAAUCGGCACUGCUGAGUCUGUUUGGUCUUCCUCUCUGGUAUUUCUCCCAGUCACCUCGAGUUGUCAUCCAGCCUGAAGUUCAUCCCGGAAAUUGCUGGGCGUUCAAAGGUGCCAGUGGCUACUUGGUAAUCCGCUUAUCGAUGAAAAUUCUUCCCACCGCCUUCUCAUUGGAGCACAUCCCCAAAGCGUUGGCCCCCAGCAGAACCCUGCGCAGUGCCCCACGGGACUUCAACGUUUAUGGACUGGAUGAUGAGCACCAGGAGAAAGGGAAGCUACUAGGAAGUUACACCUAUGAGGAGGAGGGGGAGGCUCUGCAAACCUACCCUGUUAAAGCAAAUGACAGAGCCUACCAGAUCAUCGAAGUGCAAGUGCUGUCCAACUGGGGCCACAAGGAGUAUACAUGCAUGUACCGCUUGAGAGUUCACGGAGAGCCCAGCGACCAUUGA